CUUGAACGCCUGACUUCGCGAGUCGUUCAGCCACUGCUGAGUGCGAGUUACGGUUAUGAAAACAUCAGAGAUCCCAGGCGUAGCCCAGACGGGGUUCGCGCCAGCUGCAGCUUAUGAUGCUCAUCGGCCCACUUAUGCAAAGGAAGCAGUCGAGCAAUUUCUCAAACGCCUGGAACUUGUUGGUGUCAACGGGGCCAAAGUUGCGGACCUAGCAGCUGGGACGGGCAAAUUCACCGAAGUCCUCGCCUCCAGACUUGAAGAAUAUGACAUUGUGGCAAUCGAACCGCACGAUGGCAUGCGGGCGGAAUUGGAAAGGAAAGCUCUUCCUCAUGUCAGGGUCGUGAAAGGCACAGCCAAUGACAUGGCUGAAAUCCCUGAUGGAAGUCUGGCAUGUGUUGUUGCAGCUCAAGCGUUUCAUUGGUUUGCAAACAUGGAAUCUCUAAAAGAGAUAGCUCGGGUGCUGCAACCAACCGGUGUUUUCGGCGGCAUCUGGAACAUCGAAGACUAUAACUCACCACUCACGUGGAAAAUCCAUUCCGGAUGGGAAAGCACAAUGCGAGAUGUGGUCUGGACAUUUGACGAUGAGCAGCCACGGUUUCGACAUGAACAAUGGCGCAAGGUGUUCGACGAGCAGAAUAGAAGUAACCCGCUCACUUUACAUUUCGCCGAUCCGCUGUUUGGUCUGCCUCUAGGCGAGGAUUCGGUGGAGUUCGAGACAUGGUUGUCCAAGGAUGACAUUUGGAGCAGGUUGAGAACGCUGUCUCAGAUCGCGGUAUUGGAAGGGGAAGAACUGGACAAGGUGAAGAAGACGUUCUUCGACAGCAUCAAUGCGGAAGAAACGGAGACGGAUGAGCAGGGACGGGUCGCUGUCCAUGGGCGAACUGUAUUCUUCUGGACGAGUAAAAUACCUGCUGAACCGCUGAGAAGUGGUGGCUAGACUCUUGACUAUCGUCUCCAAGCAGUCUUCGUCGCUUCGUCUGGAC